AGCACAGUCUCACUUUAAUCACUGUAUUAUCAUGUUUUCUUAAGUGAUACAAUAACUUACAUUUUAUGGAAGUAAAUUGAGCCUGUUAACAAACAAAACGUAAAGAGUUAUUGGGCAAGAUGUCAUUCCAGGGUAGAUUCAAUGAUUUCCAUCUUCCUCAUCCUCUGGACGCCUCCAGCUCGGACGCGCAGCUUCAGGACCAGUUGCGGAUCGAGCCAGGACCUCACUUGUCGUCCCCCUGGUGGGAGAGGACUGCUCGUGAGGCCAAGUGUCACACAGGCUCCAUAUAUAACAUUACACACAUCCUUGUAUUGGUGCCUGCUUUGCGCAUGCGAGGAGGCCACUUGGCGCAACAGAUGAUCUCGUCCAGAGCCUCCGCCUUCCUCGAUGCGCACCGCAGAAUAUGCGCGUUUUCCCCCAACAAGGUAUUUAAAGAUAAGAUUUUCAGGUGCAGCUUUACUCCGACCAGCCCGCGUUUUCAAGCAACAGGCUGCAUCACCGAUGAGGAGUCUCCGCGCUGAGGAGGAGGAGGAGGAGGGGGAGCAGCAGUGCCACCUGUAACUGUGCCAACCGCCGAGGAUGAAGAAGCAAAACGUCCGGACCCUGUCGCUCAUCCUCUGCAUGUUCUCCUACCUGCUGGUCGGCGCCGCGGUGUUCGACGCGCUCGAGUCCGAGUCGGAGAGCUCCCGCCGGCGCAUCCUGGAGCAGAAGCGCAGCGAGAUGAAGAAGAAGUAUCGCUUCUCCGAGGGCGACUACCGCGAGAUCGAGCGAGUGGUGCUGCAAGCUGAGCCCCACCGAGCCGGCAGGCAGUGGAAAUUCGCUGGCUCUUUUUACUUUGCCAUAACAGUCAUCACCACCAUUGGUUAUGGACAUGCAGCACCAGGCACAGAGGCAGGAAAGGUCUUCUGCAUGUUCUACGCCGUGCUGGGCAUUCCUCUCACUCUGGUCAUGUUCCAGAGUCUGGGAGAAAGGAUGAACACAUUCGUCCGCUACCUCCUGCACAAGACCAAGCACUGCAUAGGCUUCCAGCGCACCGAGGUGUCCAUGGAGAACAUGGUCCUGGUGGGCUUCCUGUCCUGCUUCGGAACACUGUGUGUGGGAGCUGUGGCUUUCUCCUACUUUGAAGGAUGGAGCUUCUUCCAUGCGUACUACUACUGCUUCAUCACGCUCACCACCAUUGGCUUCGGGGACUUUGUGGCCCUGCAGAAAAAGGACGACCUCCAGGAGAAGACGCCCUACGUGGCCUUCAGCUUCCUGUACAUCCUGGUGGGGCUGACCGUCAUCGGGGCCUUCCUCAAUCUGGUGGUGCUUCGCUUCCUCACCAUGAACACUGAGGAUGAGCGGAGAGACGCUCAGGAAAGGGCAUCGCUGAAGAGGGACAGGGGCUUUUUGGAUGGGGCUGUGAGCCUCCAUGUCGGGGGUGAGCAGAGCACAGGCAGCCACAGGGGGAGGAGCAGGAGCAGCGUGGUGCGCAGCCACAGCGCGCUCUUCCUCCCCAUGGAGGAAGGAACCAGCCGCACCAACCUCAUCGCUUUCCCAGCCGAGGAUCAGGAGAGGAGACGAAGCCCUUGCAGACACAAGCUGCAUUUUCAGAUCAAGGCAGGAAGAGUAAGGCCGGAGUCGAGCCUCAGCUCCCUCUGCUCCUGUGUGUGCUACCGCUUAGGGGUCUGCGAUAGUCCCCUCAUGUCCCACAGUGAACACCACAGCUGCCAAAUCAAUUCUGUUUAUUACAACUCAGUGUCCUACAGGAUCCAGGGCUGCUCGCCGGGUUCCAGGGACAACACUGGACUCUCCUCCCCAGGCAGCACGCUCUCGCCUGGGCACAGCUUCCCGGAGUUCCCCCGCUCAAGGAGAAGGUCGGUGUGAA